AUGGCGCACACGUUGGGCUUUGCGGGCAAAGCCAGCGUCCACGUGCAGCUCGAGACACCGACGUGCGCGGCGACGGACCUGCUCAUUGGCACAGUGAGCGUGCGCGUGACGCAGCCCGUCGCGUGCAGCGAGAUUGUGGUCAUCGUCGCCGGGAACGAGCGCGUUGCGUGGACCGAGGCGUGGACCGAGAAGGAGGCGGCGGGGCACACCGAGAUGAUCUUUGACGGUCGCGAGUUCUUUCGACAAAAGAUUGUACUCUGCAGUGUCGAGAGCGAGCUCGCGCCAGGCCAUUACGCCUACCCGUUCCAGUACCGCAUGCCCGCCGGCCUUCCGGGCAGCUAUGACAACGAGAACGACCAGGACGUCCAGGCCAUCAUCGAGUAUGGCGUCGAAGGCGCGCUGUGCGUCCGCGGCGUCCUCGCCCAAGACGCUUCCGACCGGCACGCGUUCACCAUGUAUGCAGUCCCGUCCCUGAGCGAGACGCCAAGUGUCGCCGAAAAGGUGCAGCUUUUGCGCUCUUUUUGCUGCCUGCGCCACGGUCAGUGCACGCUGCGUGUCGCCCUCGACAAGUGCGGCUACGGCCUCGGCCAAGUGCCCAUCGUCCAGUGCGACGUAAAAAACUCAUCGACCAAAGACAUGCGCGCAAUGCGGUUCGAGCUGGUCCGCGUCGUCGAAGUGUUUGCACGCGGCCGGAUUCGGUCGCUGCAAACCGUGCUCUGCGACGAACUCUUCUCGGGCGUUCCCGCGGGCCGUGUGCUCUCGCAGCCCCAGCCCUUUUCGCUCCACGGUCGCGGUCUCUACCCUAGCACGAGCGGCAACUUUGUGUCAUGCAGCUACUACAUUGAAGUCGAUUUUGACAUUCCGACGUGCCCGAUUGUGGAACUCCGCUUGCCACUGACGAUUGGCGCACCGAUUCCGGACGCCUUUUCCCCGCCGGAAUAGUUAGUUGUCACCACCGUAUACAUAAUUGUCAACGAAUGGUCUUGUAUUUAUAGCAUA